AUGCGUACGAGAUGUUUUCUGAUGAUGGCCUUGUCUAUCUGGUGGUUGUCGAGCGUGCAGAGCAGACAUAGCACCACUCCAACAGCCAGGUCUGUUCCUGUUUUGCAGAGCACCAGAACCGAUUUUGAGUCGGAGAGUGCCUUCACCAGCUCUGGGACAAUACCAGGGAGUCUGUUCCGCAGGUCCUUGCCCGACUUCUUGGACUGCGAGUCCAGCGGGAGAUGGAGAAGUUUCGGGUUGCAAUUAUGUUCACGUGACUUGAAAGUCACGGCCUGGUCUAGUACGACAAGGUAG